ACUGCGCCUUCUAGAGCUGGCGUCGGCACGAUUCCUGAAGAGGUCCUGCAAGAGGCCAUCUCCUCGCCCCUCCUGCCGGCCAGUCACGGCCAGUCACAGCCGCAGACGGCGUUGCAGCAUUCUUACGCGGACGCCGGUACUUUUGUCGUCGUCGAGGUGGAACUCGACCGAGCCCUGAUACCCAGCAGGUCUGCUGAAGCCGUGGAACAGGAUGUGACUGCCUACCUCAAGUCCAGAGCUCCGGCAGUCAGUGACAAAGCAAGGAAGCAGGCCAGCUCAGCCAAGGUAGUUCAGUUUCGGCAUAACGAGUCUCAGAAACGGUAUGACAAGAAUCCAUAG